AUGGCUGUUUCAACCUCUUCUCGUGUGUUGAUUCUUCUCUUUAUUUUUUCCACUCUUUUGAUGAUAUCACAAGGACAUGUUCUUCGUUUUGAAAAACAAAAGGACAUAAGCAGUCAACGUCUUUUGCAAGAAUUUAAAUUUGAUGUCUUUAAGAUCGAGCGGAGGUCUCUCAUUACGUCGGAAAGAAUUGUACCAGGUGGACCAGAUCCAAAGCACCAUAGUUAA